AUGGAAUUAAAGGUAUUAGCGGUUACGUUGUUAUUGGCCGUGAGCUGUAGCUGCCAAUACGAGGCAGAAAGUCAUCAACACGAUGAUGGGUGCUCUCAUCCACCAAAAUAUGGACCUAGCAAAUCUGAUUACACCCAAAGUCUUGUAUCUUACGCUCCUGCAGCACCCAAACCUGCUUACUUCAAGCCCAGCUAUGAAGCAGCAAGCUAUUCGGCCCCAAGCUACUCAGCCCCGAGUUACUCAGCACCGAGCUACUCGGCACCGGCCGUCAGCUACGCCGUACCAGAACCAAACUACGCAUCUCCGGCCGCACCAAAAUACUCUGCUCCUAGCUACUCGGCUGCCAGUUACUCAUCGGCCAGCUACUCGGCUCCCAGCUACUCGGCUCCGAGCUACUCAGCUCCGAGUUACGCAGUUCCUGACCCGAGCUACGCGUCACCAAGCACCCCAAAAUACUCUUCACCGAGCUACACCAACAAUUACAAGCCAGCAAAGGCUGCGUACUCUGCCCCAGCGUACAAACCAGCAGUAUACUCCACACCCAAAUACGAAGCCCCACAAUACGUGUCUAGCACCACCGAAUACACACCACAUGAAUACAAAGGCGAUUACAAACCAGCUGCACCGUACUCAGUGACUACCCCGAAAUGUGAAGACGCUGCACAACACGAAUACACUACCGCCGCACCAUCUUACUCGUACUCUCCAGCACCACAGUUGUACGUAAGCAAACCUGCCUACUCCCCAGCUCCAGCUGCAUACUCUGCAUCCAGCUACUCGACUCCAGCUCCCAGCUACGCUGUACCCAACCCAUCUUACUCUUCAGCAUCCUCCAGCUACUCCCAACCAAAAUACUCGCCAUCCAGCUACUCUUCAUCCAGUUACUCAUCAUCCAGCUACUCUACCGCCGCCCCGAGCUACGCAGUUCCUAGCCAGUCUUACUCACCAGCACCGGCCAGCUACUCUCAACCAAAAUACUCGGCACCGAGCUACUCUUCAUCCAGCUACUCAUCUUCCAGCUACUCCGCACCGGCCGUCAGCUACGCCGUACCAGAACCAAACUACGCAUCUCCGGCCGCCCCAAAAUACUCCCCGGUCAGCUACUCCACACCAGCCCCGAGCUACGCCGUCCCUGAACCAGUGUACGCAUCUCCAGCCGCACCAAAAUACUCCCCGGUCAGCUACUCCACACCAGCCCCGAGCUACGCCGUCCCUGAACCAGUUUACGCAUCUCCGGCCGCACCAAAAUACUCCCCGGUGAGCUACUCCACACCAGCUCCGAGCUACGCCGUCCCAGAACCAGUGUACGCUUCUGCACCAAAAUACUCUACUCCCGCACCCAAAUAUCAGCCAUCGAGCUACAACUCGUACUCGAGCAGCAGCUACAAGGCCGCCAAGCCCGAAUACUCUGCACCAGCACAUAAGUCCAUAGCAUACUCUACUCCGUCAUCGUACGUCGAAGUCGCCCCACCAAAAUGUGACGAGCAUGAACAAGAAUACGUUACCAAAGCUCCGUCUUACGAUUCCAAACAAUCGUAUGCCAAAGCUCCAGCAUACUCGCCGGCCGCGUAUACGUCAUCGAAACAAUCUUACUCGUCCUCUCCAAUCGCCGUGUACUCUCCAGUCGCUUCUUACGGCCCAGCCCCCGAAUACUCUGCCGCUCCCAGCUACUCAGCCCCUUCGUACUCCGCUUCCCAGAGCUACCAAUCGGCAUCGUACUCUGCUGCCGCCCCAAGUUACCCAUCACUGUCAUACGCCCCUGCACCUGCCCCAGCAUAUGCCCCAGCAGCUCAGUCAUACGCACCAGCAGCCCCGUCAUACGCACCAGCAGCCCCGUCAUACGCACCAGCAGCCCCGGCAUACGGACCAGCAGCCCAGUCAUACGCACCAGCUAAGACGUACGCGAGCUACGUCACACCGCCAAAAACCGGGCCGACCAAGAACGUUGUAAACACCCACUUGGAAAAUUACGAUGAGAACCCAAGAUACGCCUACGAAUACAGCGUAGACGACUCGUACACAGGUGACAAGAAGAGCCAAAAAGAAGAACGUGAUGGUGAAGUCGUGAAAGGAGAAUACAGCCUUGUCGAGCCGGACGGUUCCAUAAGGACAGUCACCUACUACGCCGACUGGGACAACGGAUUUUUCGCCAAUGUCUCCAAGACCCCAGCAGCAGGAGCUAAAUACUAA